CGGCUCCAUCUUGGAACGGCAACGUUUCGCUCUGCUCUGACCGCUCUGACUGCGGUAUUGGCCAUUCCGCAUAUAUUGCUCUGAAUCGUUUCGACGAGCACGUGUUGUGUUACGGUGUGAACAUGUAGUUGUACUCUUACUUUUUGUGUAAGGAGUCGUAUUUAUAGAGUAGUGAUAAGUGCACGUAAUAGUAAAAUAAGUGGAACGUUAAGCUAUAGCGGAAGGGUAUUUGAGAAAAAACCCAUGUCAAGUAGUCUUCUAACGUGUGAAACUUGAGUUCUGCGGACCCUGAAAGUAAUGUAAAAGACGUAGCAAAGCUGCCUUUGAAAGCAACUAUUUAUAGACUACGCUUAAAUGCGAAAUCAGGUGAAAAACUGAUGACUCCGAAGGAAGUGCACCAGACAAUAAAUAAUGUGACAAUUCCACAAAAUGUGCAGUUCGUCCAACAGUCCACCGGUUAUACGUACAAAAUGAGACACCAACAUUCCACAGAAUUUUAGUCAACGUGACCAGUGAUAAAAAGUGUAAGCUUCUCUCGAAGCAUAUUAAAUCAGCUGAUGAAGGAAUUUCAAUCUAAUGAGGAACUGCGUCCAUCAAGUAUGGCGUGUAAACGGGCUAAAGAAUAAAUUCGUGGAAUCUGUGAUCUUCGAUGUUGGAGAGGACAGAGACACCAACAGUGUGGUGAACAUGGAAGGCAUUGAACUUGGUGAAUCGAAGGCAUCGAAGCAAUCCAGCCCACAGCAUUGGCGCAUCGGCAGCGCUACCAAUAUUGCUCUUACGGGUCACCUGAAGCUGUCGAUCUGAAGAACUGCGAUAGAUUUAUGCCAGCUAGUAGUGUAACUAAGUGUUGAUAUGUUUUUAAGGUGGUGAAGAUGUACUCUAAAGAAAAGAGUUUCUUAAAUAAUUCAAUAAGACAAUGGCUAACAUGAAACAGAACCUUACAUGCAGCCGUAGUAAGCCCCCUCCUGCACGUAGUUCUAGUUACAGCCUUGGUAGAGUUCGAGGCCAGAUGAAUGUUGAUCAUCCAUCAUCAGCUAUACUGCAUACAAUGCAAGCACCAGAAAGUCAUGUGGUUACAGGUGAUAAAACUGGGAGUGCAGCCUCAGGAUUUGGAGACAAGGCUUCUGGUAUUACUUCAGUAAUAGCAUCACCCAAGGAGAUUUCAGAAUGCCUCAGUGGUUGGGUAACUUACCUACAGAUGUUGACAGGUCUGUGUGGUGCUGGCUCACGACUGUCACACUGCCUGGGGACGCUGGUGCAGGACACCUCCUCCCCAUGCCAUGCUGUGGCUACACAGUGUCAGGCAACCUGGGAAGAGCUUGUCAAGGCUACCACAAAUGCUAGCACAAUAGUCAAGGCACAGGUGAUACCCAGUCUUCAAGAAGUGAACGCUGCAUGUGAUAUCGACGCAGACUCUCAGAAGAUGCAUGAACAUAAUCAGGAAGUGAUCUGUGGAAGCCUUAUGACCUUCAUUAAUCUCCAUUAUCAGUUCUGUAUUGCAUGCUGUGACUUCCUGGGAGCCAUGGCCAAUUGCAAUUGCUGUCAGUUGAAUGAAGCAGCAUCAACACGUCACAAUUCAGAAUGCAUUGUUGGCAUUAUUCAACAGUGUUUUGCCCAGCUGUACACUCCCACUCCCCCUCCUCCUCUACCAGGUACUCACCGCUCAGUUCGUAGCCCCCUUCACUUCCCUUUUUGGUCCUUGCAAGGCCCGCAGCGCCGCUGGUCGGAAGCUGCAGCUGGGGAUGUGACGGGUGAGACAAACAAUGGCACAAUGCGUCGCUGGUCCAUGCCAUGGGAAAGUUCCAGACUGGCAGAGCAUCAUAAUGCUUGGCAUGGACGGCUUAACCCUCCUUCAAAGCUAGCUGUACCAUCAGCAGGCUCACAAGAUAGAAGUCGGUCUACAACCCCUGAUUCAGUGUGGCAUUCAUCCCUUGCAAGUCAGGAAGAGCUUCAGGAAGUCAUUCAGCUGUUGUCUUGUCGACCUGGAGUCGGUCAUUCUACACAGCUAUAUCAUCCCAGCCAACAUCUUCCUGGAGUGACAUUAACUAGUUGUCCAUAUGAUGGCCCAUCUCCAGACUGUGGGGGUUGGAGUGAGAAUGUUCAGUCAGAUGAAAGAGGGGGCAGUUAUGGGCCUUCCUGGCGUGGCAGCAGCUCACCUCAGCCACUGACAGCACAGCAGCACUUUCAUCGUGCCAGCUGGCAUGCUCCUGACACACACACUCACAUGUGGGGUGAGCAUGAAGGCCAUGCUACUGGUGGUGAAAGGAGUUUUGACCUGUAUCCUCCAGCUCUUGAUACUGGAACCUUGGCUUCAAGGAAGAGCAGUUCAUCCACUGAUUCUUCGUCAAGCCAUUCAUUACACAGUCGAUCCACUACUGGUUCUGAGGGAGGCGCUGAGGUUCGAGCACAUUUGUACUCUAUGUGGAGUGGCAGUGACCUGUCAUUCAUGAAACUUCCAGAAUCUAGUGAGCCAAAUGAUACCAUCCAGGUAACAGAUAUCACAACUACAUCCAGUUCUACCAGCAGCGGAGAUGUCCCACAGAAACUGUCGCAAUCGGAUGCAGCUCACACUUACUACAGUAGCUCGAAAUGAAUUACAAAUUGCAUCAUAUCAGUAAUAUUGAAACUGUAUAUUGUACAGGUAUAUGCUGUUGUAAAGGUUUGCAAGAAUGGUCUGGUAUUAUUAUGGGAGAAUAUUCAUAGACCAUUGUCCCUUGUCUGAAUUAUACACACACACACGUUUUUGGGGCUAUAAUCUUCAUAUAGAUGGAUUUAUUGAUUGGUUCAUGCGUAAUGUAACAACCCUUUAUCAGUUAUGUAGAUUGCAUAGUGUUAAAUAGUAGAGUGAUUGAAAAUGAUGAAUUUGAAAUGAUUUAGAAGGAAGCAUUCAUUAUGUAUUUUCCUGUCGGCACCAUAAGAUUUAAAUCAGUUGAAAUAACCUAAGGAUAGAGGAGGUUGGGCUUUGAAUAAAAAAAUAAUCAUGAUUGGAACAAAUUGACGGUAACUUUUAUAAAUUUAAGAGUUUAAUUUAAUUUCAGUUGGAUUUUGUAGUCAAGGCCUCUGAUAUUUUUAGAAUGUGGGGUUGUGAUUUACAUUACCUUAGUAAUUCUGAUUCACAUGGUAAUCAUUGAAGUACUGAAGAAUAGAAACCAGUGUCCAUAUCAACACACAAACACCCCAAGCACAACAUAAAUUCCAUCUGCUGUGACAAAUUUGCAGUGGUGCUGUUAUAAGAUCCGCCAUUUUGUGAGUUCUGCAGAAUGGUUCAUCAUGGUUAUUCUGACUUUGAUAGUUCAUUAACUAAUUCCACGAAGCACAGUGCUUGAGAAA